AAAUAUAACAAAUAUAUAUUUUCGAAACAAUUGUUUUUGGAACAUGUAUCUUUUUGGAACGGAGAGAGUAUUGUUUAGGUAUCUCGUUUCAUAUUCAAGAUCUAACGGUUCACGAUACUUAAUUAGCCAUAUUUUGCAUUUUUGUUCACUAAGUUAAUUUAAUAAUUAUAUUUGUAUAAAUAUAUAUGUAUAUAAUAUUCAAACUACAAUAAAAAUAGAAAAUAUUUAAAACAGAAAUGUGGCUAUUUGUCAUUGUAUUAUAGGUUAGUAUUUUAUUUUAGUUAAUGUCACUAAGAAAGCUGCCCCCACAAACUUAAACGGCUCUGUAAUAUACAAAAGGAUACUAAAUAUUAUGAAUAAAUGGUAGUAUAUCCUAAGAUGUAAAUGAAAAUAUGAAACCGUAUUACAUAAGAUAUUAUUUUUCAUAAGGAAAGAAAAACUAUUAAAAAUGAUGUGGCAACCAAGAGAUGAUGGUAAUCAGCUCGGCUUGAAUAAUUCGGCUGAGAGGAGAAGUGCGAAAUUUUUGGCAGCACGUGUUGACUGACGAGCAGACACGCACGGGAAUUUUUUAUCUCCUCAACGGCACUUCCCAUAUUUCUGUCCGAAAUUUAGAUGGUUAGUUGUGAUCCCUGGCCUGUGCUGACGUGGAAGCUUCUGGUUGGUACGUUUUAACAAACUCUAGUGCGCGCUGUUUUGGUCGGAGCCAACUCGGGUUGGUUCCGUCCAAUUUAUCACGAGAAAGACUCAUUGUGUGGUCUCUAUUUAAGGUUUGUAGUCACGUAAUUAUAUAGCAAAGUCGCAAGAUUUCGUUUUCUAAUGUAGUAUUUACUUUUCUCGGUUGGGUCCAUUGGCCAUACUGUUUUCCGUGGUGAGGAGAGGAACUCGUAAUGCCUCAUCAAAGUCGGUUCCUAGUACAAAUUUGUUUCCUAAAACUAUCAAAGUCAGCAGCAAUCAUUUUCCGCCGCCAAAGAAUGUUAAUAGGCUUUUAUCAGUUUUAUUGGGCUGAGACGGAAUCAACACUCUGGGUUGAGGCACAAUUACUGAAAGAUCAGAAGAUGGGAGCGGAGACUCAGGUUACGCUUCCUCCGUCGAUUCCCGGCAGAUGGUGCUUUACAGAUGGAUCCUGGAAAGAGGGAGAUAUGUUCUCUGGCCAAGGCUGGUUCAGUACUUUAAUUGGAUUUGCGGAUCUGAUGGGAGUUAGGAACGUAAGAGCGUCUCUAUCUCCUCUGCAUGCAGAGUUCGAGGCGUUACUAUGGGCAAUGGAAUGUAUGAGGAACUUAAGACAAUUUCAGGUUACAUUUGCAACGGAUUGUUCUCAAUUGGUGAAGAUGGUUUCGGAACCAGAAGAAUGACCAGCUUUUGCAAGUUAUUUAGAAGAUAUCAAGAAUCUGAAAGAGAGUUUUACACGUUUAGAGAUAAUACAUGUACCAAAGAUGCAAAAUAAAAAGGCGGAUAAUCUAGCACGCAGUGUCAGAAAAUAGCCGUUUUUCGUCGUUCACAUGGACCAAUAUCUCCCGGUGGUGUGGUUUACAGAAUCUAUAUGAGUCUGUAAUGUUGUCGACAAAAGAAAAAAAAAUCAGUUUUAUUGGGCUUCUUUUCUUGGGCUUGAUAGUUAUGAGAUUCUUUUCUAAAUGAUGCCGUUUUUUUCUAAACGAAGCCGUUUUUCUAGAGGCGAACGAGUUUGGGAGCUGGGAGACCAAAAAAAAAAAAAAAAAAAAAAACCAAAGAAACGCAGAGAACAGAGGAAGAAGCAUAAGGGAGUACGCAAAGACUGAGCGAGAAUGGAAUGUUUGGACGCUAAUUUUCCUGUGUGCCAUAGAAAGGUCUCGUUAGAAAUUAAGGGAAACAAGACAGAGAUUGUGAUCUGCAGCUAUGAUGAUCAUAUCCUUGUGAGCGUCAUAGCAACACAGAUUGGAGCCAUGGGGACUAUAUUGCACGCAAGGAAGGAAGAAGGGAUGUCUGUUGAACCAACAUUUAGUGUCUCAGUUAUAUUCGGAAAGCGUGAUGAGGUAACAAAGUCUUAUCAUAUUCUAGCACGUUUAUAUAGAAUCUACGCCUUACUUAUGCCCACUGUGUGUUCUUGAAGCCGAUGCUGGUAGCAACUGCUCGAAGACUCAUUGAUCACAUAAGGUCUCUCUAUCGAUUCUUGAUUUUUGCUCCUUCUCCUCCAUUGUUUGUUUUCUCUAACGUCUAAUUAAAAUGGAACCCAACAUAGUUGUCUAACUAUUAAUAUGAUCUCUCUUAAUUUCUUCAGUUCUCAUGUUCCCUCGAAGCCUUUGAUUCUCUCGCUUGGUCUCAAAGAUCAUUCUUCCGUACUUGCACAUUUUCUUGGAAACAUUAAUUUGAUUAUGGAUAAAGUUUGCAUAAAACCAAUGAUACAUAGAGAUUGUGUGUCCUUUCAUU